AUGGGCAACAAUCCUUCCAAGCCAGAUGUCCCGUCGGCAGCGGGAUCUCCGUACGUGACGGGAUCUGGACAUGAAAGGAAGGUGACUCAACAACCUUCCAUCAGUACAUUAUCAGGCACGACGACGAAAGCCGCUGCGGCCGACCCCUCUGCCACUAAAGAGACUGCAAUCGGAUAUUCGGCUACACAGAACCAGGCAGCUGUUCAGCAGCAUCCCCAAUCCAGCCAGCCUACGGAGCCCUCCGCGCGUACGCUAGACCAGCCCGACCAUCAAGAUGCGAAGAUUCUGGACCCUGAGCCCAGGGGCAUCCCUACUCCCGACCCCUCCAACCCCGUUCAAGUUCCGAAUCCGCGCAUGAGGCGCGACCCUCUUCCGCCCGGUAUGGCGCCGCAAAGUUAUUACAAUGCCUCUGCCCAUCUUCAACGUCCACCCAGAAUGCCUUUGCCGAUUGGCGAUGCGACAGCGACACCAGGAUCUCCACUCCUUGGUCCUGAGGAUUCGCAUAUCGGAGGGGAUCUGGCUCAUGAUCGUUUCGUGGAUGAGCAGACGGGGCAUGAACAAUCCAGUGUUCCAGUUGACGAAGAUGAGGGAGCUGAGGAUCUUGCACCAUACACUCCAAGUGGUGUAGGGAAAGCUGUCCCGACCAGCAUCGAAUGGGCCUCUCAUGGCGACAAAGUUUAUGUGACCGGAACAUUUGUCAAUUGGGAGAAAAAGUUCCGUUUACAUAGAAGUGGAGGCACCACCAUGGCCACGACUCUGAAUCUUCGCCCUGGAACACAUCAUCUGAAGUUCAUUGUGGAUGGUGAAAUGCGAGCUUCGGACAGUUUGCCUACAGCGGUAGAUUUUACGAAUCAUUUGGUCAACUACAUUGAGGUCAGUUCGGAUGAUCCUAGACGAUCGCGCAAAGCGAGCGUUGUGGCUCCCUCGGGUGUUCGUGCCCCGCAGGUUGUCCCAGAACUCCUUGGAACCCAUGAUGAAGAGGGCCAGGUGGAAGACACCGAGAUGGAUGAGCCAGAGGAAAUCCCGCUUGGAGAUUUCCGUAACAUAAUCCCCCAAUACUUGGUUGAUUUGGACAAAGAGGAAGAGACUCCGGCCUAUCAACAGGCCGCAAGUGUUAUUGGCGAUGCACCUACGCCCCCAAGCCUUCCUUUGUUCCUGGGUAAGUCUAUAUUGAACGGCACGACACCAAUGAAGGAUGACAGCAGCGUUCUUAACUAUCCCAACCACACUGUCUUGAAUCACCUUGCUACAAGCAGCAUAAAGAAUGGAGUUCUGGCUACCAGUGUAACAACUCGGUACAAACGGAAGUACGUUACAACAAUCCUGUACAAGCCAGCUGGGGAUCCCUCAGGUUAG